GGUGUUGCAUUCUAUUGGUUUAAAACAGUGGAUGUAUUACCUGCAGACCAAUCGAUAACCGUAUUUAAAGAUUGACCUUGUGUCCGCGUAAGUCUGUAAUCGAAAAAACUUGUAUAUAAAUACUUCGCUGACAAUAUUUCAAAGUUUACUUUGUCGAGUUUCCCGGCGUUCAAGUCGGAGUAGUUUUUGCAUUGUAAUUUAUUUUUUAUCACUACAACGAUAUCGUUAAUAAGUACUUUGAAUAUAUGUAAGCGUGCUUUUAACUGUCAGCAAGUACUUGAAUAAAGUUUAAGCAAGUGAGUAACCUACUAACCGUGAUCAUGGAAAAUAAAUGUGACUUUCAGUAUCCCCAUACUUUUAUAUUACUUGGUGCGUCGGGUGAUCUAGCAAAAAAGAAGAUUUACCCAACUAUAUGGUAUUUAUAUCGAGACAAUCUUUUACCUCGUCAUACCAAGUUUGUUGGUUAUGCUCGAACGAAGCAAACGAUAUCGGAAGUGCAAGAGAAAUGCAAAAAGUAUUUGAAAGUGCGGCCGGGAGAAGAAGAGAAAUUGAAGGAAUUCUGGGCAGCGAACGAAUAUUUCGCGGGAUCGUAUGACAAAAGAAUUGAUUAUGAAAUGCUGAAUCAGCUAAUUAGCAAGUUUGAAAAAGGGCCAGUUGCUAACAGGAUAUUUUACCUGGCAGUGCCACCUACUGUUUUUGAAGAUGUUACAGUAAACAUAAGGAAUGCUUGUGUGUCUAUUAAGGGCUUUACCAGAGUUAUUAUUGAAAAACCGUUUGGCAGGGAUGAUGAAAGUUCAGACAAGUUGAGCAACCAUCUGGCUGGGUUAUUCAAAGAAGAACAAAUUUACAGAAUUGAUCACUACCUUGGUAAGGAAAUGGUUCAAAAUCUUAUGACCAUUAGGUUUGCAAAUCAAAUAUUCAGCCCUUCAUGGAACAGGGAAAAUAUUGCAUCUGUCCUAAUUUCUUUCAAAGAACCAUUUGGUACUGAGGGCAGAGGGGGUUAUUUUGAUGACUUUGGCAUUAUUCGGGAUGUGAUGCAAAAUCAUCUUCUUCAAAUCUUAUCACUGGUUGCCAUGGAGAAACCGGUCACCCUGAAUCCAAAUGAUAUACGAGAUGAAAAAGUAAAGGUCCUGCGCCAUAUUAAGCCUAUUGAACUGAGUGAUAUUUUGGUUGGACAAUAUGUUGGCAAUCCUGAUGGUAAAGGUGAAGAAAAGCUUGGAUAUCUAGAAGAUCCAACUGUACCUAAGGAUUCUGUUACACCAACAUAUGCACUUGCUGCUCUUCAUAUAAACAAUGCGAGGUGGCAAGGUGUGCCAUUUGUUCUACGCUGUGGAAAAGCUCUGAAUGAGAGAAAAGCAGAAGUGAGAAUUCAAUACAAAGAUGUGCCAGGUGACAUAUUUGAAGGACAUGCAAAGAGAAACGAAUUAGUUAUUCGCGUCCAACCGGGUGAGGCUUUAUAUUUAAAAUUAAUGAGCAAAUCACCUGGAAUGAAAUUUGAUCUGGUAGAAACCGAGUUGGAUCUGACGUACAGCAUGCGUUACAGGGAGGCUGAUGUCCCCGAUGCAUACGAAAGGCUGAUUUUAGAUGUGUUUACUGGUACACAAAUGCACUUUGUACGUAAUGAUGAAUUGAAGGAGGCUUGGCGUAUUUUCACACCAGUGCUUAAGGCACUAGAAGAAAAGAAAAUUAAACCUGUGCCCUAUGUCUAUGGAUCACGAGGCCCACCAGCGGCUGAUAGUAAACUCUCUUCAUAUGACUUCAAAUACACUGGUUCAUACAAAUGGCAGAAGCCCACGCUAUCUUAAUUUAAAAUGGAGAUAUGUUUUAAGCUGAUGGUGGUGGUUUGCUUUUAUGGUUGAUGAUAAUUAUAUAAUUGCAUAAUAACAAUGUAACAAUGACUUUAUACAUUUCUUAUCUGCAUUCUGAUAAUCACAAUUAGUUAUAAUUUUUAUUAAUUUAAAUUUUAUACUCUACAUUCCGAAACAGUACCUCUUGCAGAUUUAUAUUGUUGUUUCCAGAGAGUAUUCUUCUAUUCUUCUUAAAGUUAUUUAAAAAUGUCUUGACAUAAUUAUUUUUUAUAAUAUACACUUUGUUUUGUAGGAAUUUAUAAUAUUUAUAUUGAUGGGACCAUUUUAUCUUAUGAUUAUGAAAAAGGUUGUGUUAGUGCCUUGCCUAUUUUUGUAAACUACAUGAUAUUGGCUUUUGACAAAUAAAUAAUAUAAGCUAUGAUAAUCACGUGUGCCUCAUGCACACAAGGUAACUUUGAUCAAAUUAAUUUUAUGAUAGGCAGAGGUCAAAGACUAUCAUAAUUUCUUAUAAGAAAUUUAAUGCUGUAUUUUAUUUAAACAACAGAGUUAAACUUUUGUUAUGUGAGAGUAUAUAUUUUUUUGAAUUGUAUAUGUACAAAAUGCAAAUGUUUUCGUUUCUAUAUUUUAUCUGUAUGUAGGUACUUCUAAUAGUAUGGAUACCAUGGAUAUUUCAUAAUAAUUUAGGGUAGCUACAAUAGUAUUGUGUGAUAGUUUUGAAUAUUUUUAUACAAGUCUACAAAUAUCUUACAGAUAAGUUAAAAUUAUUUAUUUAUAUUUUGUAAGUUUCUUUUUUUAUAAAUAACGGUUUGUCAUGGGAUAUUUGCUUAUUUUUAGUCUCACCAAACAUUUGGAUUGCAUUUGUAAGAAACAAUAAUGACAUUUAACUUGAUAUUGUUAGCAAUUGUGACAAUUUAUUUACAUUGUUGAUACUGUGUUAUUAUUGUUGUUUAUCAAGUAGGAACGAAAAUUGCAAUAUCAUAGCAACCUGUUAUCAAACUUUAUCAGAUGCUUAUUCAAAUCUUAAUACCUUAUCAUAUUCUAGAGUGUUGAUUUCAUUUCUCAUAAGUACAUAAAGAUAAUUUUAAUAAUGUACCUACCAAGUUUUUUUUAUAUACGUUUUUGAAUUUUUUGAUCUGCUUUUUUACUCAUAAUUAUAUUCUAGAAAGAACCUGUGCCAAUGUAAUGCAUAAUAAAAUCAUGGCCUUUUGUAAAGGUACAUAGCAUUUGAAGUAACUUGCAUUAUGGAUCUGUAUAUGUGGGAGACUCAUUUAUAGAUAUUUAUAAACAUUAUUCCAUUCAUCAUUGUUAUGUUAAAAGCUUUUGACACUGAAAUAAACAGUAUGGUACUGUA